CACAUGGCCGGAGCCUCCUCUGCCGCCGCCGUAUUUACGCCCAACUGAUUGGACCAUGGUUGCGACCGCGACGGCGCUCGUGCUCUCCAGAAGCCUCCUCCGUCGCUCCGCCACCUCCUCAUCUAGAAGCCCCCUCGGCCUCGAACUCUCCGCCCGAAGAGCCACGCGCCCGUUCUCCCUUUCGCAAUCCAGGGCCGCGUCCACCACCACCGGAGAUCCGCCGCCGCAGACGCCGACAAACUCGUCCAUGGAUUCGCCGAUCAAGGUGGUGUCCCACCACUUCGGCGGGAGUGGGGGUGAGGGCGGGGGCGCGAUCGACGCGGGGAGGUCGGCGAGGAAGCCGCUGAGCCUGUGGCCAGGGAUGUACCACUCGCCGGUGACCAACGCGCUGUGGGAGGCGCGGUCCAGCAUCUUCGAGCGGAUGAUCGACGCCGGCGCCGGGGGGCAGAGGCAGGAGCAGCAGCAGCCGCCGCAGACGGAGCUGCUCACCAAGACGCCCACGCAGAGCCGCACCAGCAUCGUGUACAAGUUCGCCACCGACGACAUCCUCCGGGAGCAGUACCGGGACCCGUGGAACCAGGUGCGCAUCGGCAAGCUGCUCGAGGACCUCGACGCCCUCGCCGGCACCAUCGCCGUCAAGCACUGUUCUGAUGAAGAUAGCACAACAAGGCCCCUUUUGCUGGUGACUGCUUCUGUGGAUAAGAUGGAGCUGAAGAAGCCAAUUCGUGUGGACACUGAUCUGAAGAUAGCUGGGGCUGUUACUUAUGUUGGUCGUUCUUCGAUUGAUAUACAAAUUGAAGUGACUCAAGUUGAUCAAGGUAGUGAUAUGCAUUCAGAUCUAAUCGCUCUAACGGCUAACUUCACAUUUGUUGCUCGAGAUUCUAUGACUGGAAAGUCUGCUCCAGUGAACCGCCUUUCACCAGAAACUGAAAAGGAGAAGCAAUUAUUCGGAGAGAGAGAAGCACGGGACAAGCUGAGAAAAAGAAAGAGAGAAGAACAGAAGGGGGGGCUUGAAAAUGGGAUACAUAAGCUUCAUGUUGAGUCUGAGCGACUAAACUCUUUACUAGCAGAGGGCCGGGUUUUCUCUGAUUUGCCUGCUUUAGCUGAUAGAGAUAGCAUCUUGCUGAAGGAUACUCGCCUGGAGAACUCUCUUAUCUGCCAGCCUCAACAACGGAACUUGCAUGGACGAAUAUUUGGAGGUUUCUUGAUGCACCGAGCAUUUGAGCUUGCCUUCUCAACUGCAUACGCCUUUGUUGGGCAAAAACCUUGUUUUCUUGAAGUCGAUCAUGUGGACUUCUUGAAACCAGUGGAUGUAGGAGACUUUCUUCGAUUCAAAUCAUGUGUCUUGUAUACCCAGCUUGACAAUCCAGAGCAGCCUCUUGUCAAUGUUGAAGUUGUUGCUCAUGUAACAAGGCCUGAGCUCCGGAAAAGUGAGGUUUCCAACACAUUCCACUUCACCUUCACUGUCUGCAGCGAUGCAUUGAAGAAUGGAUUGAAAAUACGGCAUGUUGUUCCCUCUACUGAAGAAGAGGCACGGCGCAUAUUAGAGCGCAUGGAUGCAGAGGGUUUGUUUGACUAGUCCUGCAGAACCGUUUGUUUCAGCAAUAUGUCAUUUUUUAUUUACUGAUCACACCAGCUAAUCGGAAAGGGAAAUGUAAAGACUAUUUAAAUAACCGCAGAAAAGCAGCAUGCUGGCAAUAUUUAUAGCAGCAAAAUGUUAGCCAUAUUACUUUGCCAAUUCCUUUUGCAGACAUUUGGGGGUAUAUAAUAAUAUAAACCUCGAGAC